AUGCCAAGCCGAGACCUUGAGCCAGACACAGGAUCAAAAGCAACGAAAAAAUCACUUCUUGUUUAUCUUGCCCUCCUCUCUAUAUGCAGUGGAGGCAGUAGUCAAUCACCUCCAGAGGGCAACUGCCAAUCCUCUGGCAACCUGACAGGUGGAGACAAAUCCUACCCUACAUACACUUGCUCACCUCCAGAGUCAUCCUCAACAGAUGCACAGUUAACUUUAAAUGAUUUCAGUGAAGGAGGUGAUGGGGGAGCCCCGUCAAAGUGUGAUGAGAUUUACCAUGAUAAAACGGAGCUUGUGGUGGCACUUUCGACAGGAUGGUUCGCUGGGAGCUCAAAGUGUGGGAGUAUGAUCAUAAUUUCUGGUAAUGGAAGGAGUGUGACCGCUAAGGUCGUGGAUGAGUGUGAUUCCAUGCUUGGAUGUAAUAGCGAGCAUGCGGGUCUGCCACCAUGUGAGAAUAAUAUUGUUGAUGGUUCUGAUGCUGUGUGGGACGCUUUGGGUCUGGAUAAAGAAGAAGGAGUUGUGCCGGUUACAUGGUCUAUGGCCUAGGUGAUGAACGAGCGAUGAUCAUGUUGGUGGUAAUUAAUAAGAACUUGAGGUUCUUUGGACAAUUCACUUGGUUCCAAGGCUUCAGGUAUGGGAAAUAAUGUAUGUAUGUAAUAAUGGAGGGAUAAAUAA